AUGGUGAUCAACAAGAAGAAAGGAAAAGAAGGAAAAAAACGAGUUUAUGUAUUGCCCAUUUCGGACAAAAAUGAGAUCACCUUCCCGUGGAUACCAAGAAAAACUCCAAGAAGUUUUGUGGAUUUUGUGGAUAGAGUGUUGGUUUUGCACCAACAUGUUCCUUUAAACAUAUUCUCCCUCAAGUGUGUAGAUAUUGUUCAUCCAGCUAUUGUCAUUGGUUGGUUACUCAAGGUGUUGGAACAUGGCGUGUUAGAUCUUGAUCUAUACAUCUCCUCGGUGCAAGGUUACCCGCUCCCUUCAGAGAUGUUUGUGAGCGAGACUUUGGUUAGGCUGAAACUAGAAGUUAGAAAUAUUCUCACCAUUGAUGAGGCGCUUGAGGAGUUAGUUCUGGACAAUGUGUUCGAGUUUGGGGGGUCUUUCUCCGUUUCUCAUAACACCCUCAAAAGACUAGUGGUUGGUGAUAAGAGAACUAUCGAUGAACACCGCAAAAGCUGCUUCAACUUCAGUUCUGUCCAAACGGUGGCGCCAUCUUCUUCCUUUCGUAUUUUGACGAGCAAGAGUUUGGUUAGGCUGAGAGAAUCUGGUACAGAUGAGUUCACUAUUAUUGAUGUCGUUGAAGUUUCUCUUUCUCUUCCGAAGCUUAAGACUUUGCAUAUGAAUGAUGUUGGGUUUGCUGAUGAGAGUGGUGCUGCAUUUGCCAAGCUAGUUUCUUCUUGUCACGCGCUUGAGGAGUUGGUUAUGGAUAAAAUAAUGUGGGACUUUCGGGGUUCUUGCUCUGACUCCAACUCAAGUCUCAAGAGAGUGACAAUCUAUUCUGAGAACAUUGAUGAUGAGGAUCCAAAGAGUGUGUCUCUUUCAGCACUCCCAAUCUCAUCUCUUUAG